UUAAUAUUUUAUUUUUCUUUAAUAAAUACUUCAUUCUUUAUAUGUUUAUACAUUAAUUAUUUUAUUUAAAGCAUUACUGCAAUUUAUACUUCAAAAAAGUUACUAGUCAAUAUUUUUAAUAAAAUAGUAACUCUUAUUUUACUGCAAACUUACCGCAUAAGUCUACAGUUUUUACCACAUUAAUUUUACUGCAAAUUACAUCGAUUUGUAAUACAUACUGUAAAUCAACUCUAAUACUACAUGUCACCAAUAAGAGCAUCAAGCAUGAGUUUUAGCAUCAGAGAUAGUAAAUCAUAGUGUAUUGAUAGCCAAAAGUGAAAGCCUACGAGAAAUAAUAAAAGUCUAUAAGUAUAACUUGCUAUAUAAUAUAGCCACUCAAACAUAUAUUUAAAUACCUACUUAAUUUUUAUUCUAUUUUUAUUAUUGUGAAUGCCAUUGUGUUUAAUGGCAAGAUGCAUACCAUAUACAGUGUGUUCUCUUGAAAGAAACUAGCUAAAAAACUUCAAUGUAUAUAAAUUGUUUAUUUAAAUAUAGCAGUCGAUGGUUUAAGGGUUAUUUAUACGUAUAAAAUGAAUUGAUUCAACGUUUACUUGUAUCUGCACUAACAUGUUCUUUUUUUUUUGUCAAGGGCACUAACAUGUUCAUGCUUUGAUAUAAAAGAGGUAUAUAUAUUCUGGUAAAUAUUUAUGCCUAUAAAAUGAAUUGAUGACAAAUCAAUUCAUUAUAUAUGUCACAAAACUCAUUUAACCAUUCUUUCGUAUAAUUGCUAAAAGUUUUUUUUUUUAAAUGGCAUUAUACACGCUUGUGAUUAGUCAACUCGACUACUAACCUGGGGGAGUACUAAGUGAGUGUAACGUGAUCCCACAUAACUAACAUGAAUUACAUUUAAAACAAUAUUUCAAGUAUUAAUCUCUCAGAUUAAAACAGCAGUAGUAAUCAAUCUCCAUAGUUUUACUCACUAUUUAUACCCCGCCCCCUCUUUAGGAGCUCUCAACAUUCGCUUUCGAUCAAGCAGAAUAAAUAGAGACAAUGGCUGUCAAUUACGAGGACCAAACCAUAUUGUUCGACUUCGUAGUCAAACAAGGUAACGGCGUGAAGGGACUCAUAGACUCUGGCAUGUCUUGUGUUCCACAGCCUUUUGUCCAACCACCCUCUGAGCGAAUUGCGACCCUAAACGGCCAAACAUGUGAAGCUGCACAGCCAAUCGAUCUUUCCCAGCUAGACGGUCCACACCACAAGGAGGUGGCCAAACAAAUUGUUGAAGCUGCCGAGACGCUUGGCUUCUUCCAGGUGGUGAACCAUGGUGUUUCAAUAGAGCUUCUUGAAUUGCUUAAAACGUCGGCUCAUGAGUUUUUCGCACAACCUCCUGAGAAAAAAGCGAUUUACCUAAAAGAAGUGAGUCCAAGCAAGUUAGUCAAGUACGGAACGAGCUUCGUGCCAGAGAAGGAGAAGGCCAUUGAGUGGAAGGAUUAUGUGAGCAUGCUUUACACCAAUGACCAUGAGGCUCUUCAACACUGGCCUCAACCAUGCAGAGAGGUGGCACUUGCUUUUUUGAAAUCAUCCAUGCAAAUGGUGAAAAGAGUAGUUGAAGUAUUGAUGGAGGAUGUAGGAGUGAGACUAGAAGAAGAGAGAAUGAACAGUUUGAUGGGGACCAAGAUGGUCAACAUGAACUACUACCCAACCUGUCCCAGCCCUGAGCUCACCAUAGGCGUCGGUCGUCACUCCGACAUGGGUAUGUUGACCGUUUUAUUACAAGACGGGAUUGGUGGUCUCUACGUUAGACUAGACAACGGUGACUGGGCCGAGAUCCCUCCUCUCAAUGGAGCCUUAGUCAUCAAUGUUGGCGAUACUUUGCAGAUUCUAAGCAAUGGGAAAUACAAAAGUGCGGAGCAUCGGGUUCGAACCACAAACAUCGGAUCGAGAGUCUCUGUGCCCAUUUUCACGGCACCUAAUCCCUCGGAGAAGAUCGGUCCGUUGCCGCAAGUGGUGAAGCGUGACGGGGUGGCUCGUUACAAAGAGUUGUUGUUUCAAGACUACAUGAACAACUUCUUCAGCCAGCCACACGACGGCAAGAAAUCUCUCGACUUUGCUCGUGCCGAUUGAUACUAUUAUCACUUUUACCAGUUUCUAUGUGCCAAAUUAACCAUAAUGUGUGACGUCGUUGUUUCCUUUUGUUAUCUCACAAUUAAUAAAUACUGCGUUCUUCGUGUGCACUCUAUAAAACGUGAU